AUGGGUAACUAUCCUUCGCGGCGAUAUCCGUUUGUAUACCCGCAGCAUCGGCCACCACCGCUUGGUCCUCAUCCCUGGGCUUCCCGCUUUGCCUUGGGGUGGAAGCAUUUUGGCAGUAGGUUCGAGGAUAUACGUGUUUGGUGGGGUAAAGAUGACAUCGAGUGCUUUCAGCAUCGACUGCAGAUCUCAUACUGUUCAACCCCUCCCGAGCAUGCCUUUCCCCAUGUCGCCGCCUUUGUGGAUGGGAGGAUCUACGUUAUUGGAUGUGAUGACUUCUACUCAAAUUCCAAGGCCGUGGUGGUGUUCAAUACCGAAACACAAACGUGGGAGCCUGAGAUGACAACCAAGGCAGGGAUGGAGAUAGAUGACCUUUGGAUAUUUGGUUAUGCGGUGGUGAUGGGUGGUAAGAUGUACAUGAGGGAUAUUCAAAAGAGCUUUGUUUACGAUCCAAAGGAAAGCAAAUGGGAAAUGGACAAGGUGCUGAGUUCCAAGGAGUGGUGGAAGGCGUGUGUCGUUGAUGAUGUUUUGUACUACCACGAUUCUCGUAAGAACAAGUUGAGAUGGUAUGACCCGAAGCGGAGGUGUUGGGGAGUGGUGAAAGGCGUGGAAGAGUUGUUGGCUCAGACGCUUGAUUUUGGGUAUAUACAGACUGUGUGUUACGGUGGGAAGCUGGUUUUGCUGUGUCCUAAAGCAGGUGUCAGAAUCAUGCGGGAGGCUUUUUUUGCUGAGAUUUCUCUGGAAAGACGCAAAGGAGGUCAGAUGUGGGGUGAAGUUGAUCACCCGUGUGAUCUUGGUUUGACUGUUCCUGGUGGUCAAUUUAUCAUUGAGAAACCUCUUGUUGUUGUGGUUUGA